AUGACCAGUCAAGGAGUGAAGGUGUUGGACCCCGAGGCACUGGGACCCAAGCCGCCGAUAUACAGUGCAAUGACAGCCGUUCCUCUCUCACCACACACGACCCAGUACUACAUAUCCGGCCAGACCGGCGUGGACCCGACUACCAACGAGUUGCCCCCGGACUUGGAAAGUCAACUCGACAACGUCCUCAAGCGACUAUCCAUCUGUCUCGACUACAUCGGCGCCAAGAAGACGGAUCUAGCCACCUUUCACUACUAUUUCCGGCAGCCGGCGGUUGAAGACUUGGAUGGACGAGAACUUGAAGGUGCACGCAAGGUUGUUCACUCGAAGGUCAGCCCGUGGUUGGAAGGCCAUCGGCCCGCGAGCUGCUACAGUCGCACUUUUGGCAUGUCUCAUCCGAAGUUUCUCUGCGAGAUAUCCGCUACGGCGGUGGUGUACAAGCCCUAG